GAUAUGCUUGUUAGAUCUCUAGGUGGUUUUGGCUCUGAUUUGUGUCUUGGAAAUUAGGAAUAUCAGUUGGGUAUGAUGCACAGGCAACAUAAUCCAAUGGUGAAUUUUACUGAAUCUUAGGGAUUCCUUUGAGUUGUAUGAGCUCAAUGUUGAGCUGUAUGGAAAUCUACUGCAUUCAACUGGAUAUGUGCAGUCAGCACAAAUGCCUUAAACUGGCAUAUUUACCAGAGCAAGCUUUUUGUUGGUGUGAACUGGGGAUAAUUUAUUUUUCUGUCAUAAGUGAUGUCUUUCUUGUUCUCAUGUAGUCUUAUCGUUUGAGCAACCAGUAUUAUCUUCUAAAAUAGAAAGAGCUCCACCAUGUGGUUAUCUGUGUCUUCUUUUAAGUGGUUACAGUGUGCUAUACUUUUGCAAUUUCUCAUAUGAGCUGUUUGUUUUACUUCUCAUUCACUUACUUUUUUAUUAUUUUGCUCUACUGCAGGCAAUACGAGACUGGUUCCUACUCCAGAGACAUUGAAAUUCAUUAGCAAGCUGCUUGCAGAUUGCAAUGUCAAAGUUUGCAGGGAUAACUUGAAAAUGCCAGCACAGAUUUUGGAUGACAAGGAAAAAAUAGCGUCGAGGUUUAUUUCUGGCAAUGGAUUAGUUGAAGAUCCCUGUGCAGUUGAGAGGGAAAGAGCUAUGAUUAAUCCCUGGACUCAGGAGGAGCGUGAAGUCUUUAUUGAUAAGCUGGCUUCUUGUGGUAAGGAUUUCACGAAGAUUGCUUCGUUUCUUGAACACAAGACGACUGCAGACUGUGUUGAGUUUUAUUACAAAAAUCACAAGUCUGAUUCAUUUAGAAAAAUCAAGAAGAAUAAGCAAUCCAAGUCAUUGACGAACUACUUGAUGUCGUCAUCAAGUCAGAAGUGGAAUCGUGAGAUGACCGCAGCAGCUCCACUGGAUCUUUUGGGUACUGCAUCAGUUAUGACUGAUUCUGACAGGGGCAUGGUUAGCAGAAAGAAGCAUUCUACUAAAAUUUUAAUCAGAGGCUAUAAUAGUAAUAAUUGCAAAAUAUUGAGAGAUGGAGACAGUAUUUCAUCAGAAAGGUCAAACAAUUAUGAUGCCGUGGUCAAUGAAAGAGAAACUGCUGCUGCUGCUGCUGCUGAUGUGCUUGCUGGUAUUAGUGGUUCGAUGAGCUCUUGCAUUACUACUUCUGCAGAUCGUCGUGAGGGAUUCCAUGAACGUAAUGCCCGAAAGAGAGGGAGUGGGAAUAGGAAUAUACGUCCUUCUUUAUCUGAUGUAACCCACAGUGCGGAUGAAGAGGAAACUUGUUCUGAUGAUAGCUGUGGGGAAAUGAAUGCUACUGCUCAUUGGACAGAUGAGGAGAAAGCAGCUUUUGUUCAGGCAGUUUCUUUGUAUGGCAAGGAUUUCGCAAGUAUCUCGCGUGGUGUCCGGACAAGGUCUGAGGUUCAGUGCAAGGUGUUCUUUAGCAAAACAAAAAAGUGUCUUGGGCUGGAUCAGAUUCAUUCUGGAAGAGUGAAAGUUGGCCCAUCUUUGAGUGAGGAUGCAAAUGGAGGUGGGAGUGACAUGGAAGAUGCUUGUGCUAUCGAGAAUGGUUCAAAAGAAUUUCCUUCUAAGGUGGACCUGGACCUGCCUCCAGUUAUGUGUGCUAUUGGGGAGAAGGACGAUGUUUGUGAUGGUGAGGCUAGAGUUAAUCAUGAAAAUGAUUUGAAUUUAUUGGGGGAUAACGAUGUUGGAGAAGAAGCUACGGAAGAUGAGCAUUUAAUGGUUGUGGAUACUGCUAUGGUUUCUAAUGGCCCGAAAGAUUACUUGCUUCAGUCAACUCAUCUUGUUGAUGGUGAAGUCAUUAAUGGGUUUGUUCAUCAUAAUUCUCUUUUCAUGAGUGGUCAGAAAGUUUCAGUGGAGUCUGUUGUUACAGAAGGUGAACGAGAGUGUGUAGUUAAAGAGGACUUUUCAGAAUCUUGCUUUACUGGAGAUGCAGCCAAUUCUGGUCCAUCAUCCAACCUGGUUUGUGUAUCUGAAAUUGAAGCUGGGAAAGAAGUCCCUGUCAGGAAAUCUGAGAACAGUCUGAUACAAGAUUUGAAUGUAACCAAAGAAGUCUCGCACCCUCUUCCAUUAGAUAUGGGCUCUUCCUCAAAUGAAAGUCCUGUUACUGAAAUUAUGAAUCAAAAGCAAGCUGAAGUGAGUUCUGUGGAGACCAGUCUGGCUGUCAUGUCUUUCCCAUUGGAAGCUAGUAACAUGUCUAGUGCAGACUCUGUUGUACUAACACAGUAUGGCAAAGUGCAUGACUCGGGUAACAGGACUUUCUGUGGAAAGCAAGCUGGCAGUGUUGAUGUUCAUGAGAAUAGUGAUAAACAGGAUGGGAGGUCUAUCUGUGGAAAUGGCCAUGUGCAGCCUUUGCUUGGCCACCCUGUGCUGAAUCAUUGGGGAUCUGCUCAACUUAAGAGUGGUUCCGCAGCUGAAAUUCCCGCGAAGCAGUUGAAUGAUGUUACUUCCUGCAGACCUAUUUCUAAUGGUGCAGUCUUGAAAAAAUCUGAAGAGAUUAUUAUAUCCAGUCAGUUGGCCGAGGCCUGCUACCUUCAGAACUCCAGCCAACAUUCUGAACGAGCAAGUGAGCAGCCUCAAAACUCGUCAGAAGUGGAGAAGCCAUGCAGGAAUGGUGAUGUUAAACUAUUCGGUAAAAUACUAAGUACUCCUUUGUCAUCGUCACAGAAGAAGCCAGACCAUCCUCCUGAAGCACAUGGGCAUGAUGAAAAUGGCAGCACCCUCCCUGUGAAGACAAGCAGCAGCUGCAGCAGCUCAUCUACCUUUAAAUUUACUGGCCAUCCAAAUCCCAGUUCAUCAGAUGCAGGGAAUCUGGCGAGUUUGCUGAAUUUUGAUCAGAACAAAUGUGGUGCAGGAGGGUUGAUGGAGAAUAGUGUUCCAAUGAGGAGUUAUGGUUUUUGGGAUGGGAGCAGAAUACAGACUGGGCUGACAUCGUUGCCUGAUUCUGCCAUCUUGCUGGCCAAGUAUCCUGCUGCAUUUAGCAAUUACCCAGGGGUUUCCUCAUCACCGAAGAUUGAUCCUGCAGCAGCAUUGCAUGCUGUCGUAGCUAAGAACAGUGAACAACGAAGUAUGAAUGGCUUACCUGGUUUCCCUCAAAAGGAUGUAAGCAGCAACAGCAGCAGUAACGCGCUGCUGGAUUUCCAGAGGUACAUGAGUCAUCAUGAUGCUACCAACAAACUGCAGCCACCAUUUGUGUUCGAUUCAAUUUCGAGUCUACAGCAGCAUGGAAUGGCGGCAGCAGUAGGAAUGGGAAUGAGUAGCAUUGCAGCAGUUAGAGGUGGAAGCAGUAGUGUUAUUCGUCAGGCUGUGUCAGAUCCUGUGACGGCCAUUAAGAUGCACUUUGCCAAGGCUGAUCAUCAAUUUGGUGGUUCCUCAAAUGGAGGGACGAUAAAUGUGAAGAGGCAGGAUGAUUCUACUAGUAGUAGUUGGAGAGGCAAGGGGGAUGUGCUGAGAUAGUGAAGAAGAGGUCGGCCUGCCAGCCAGCUCCUUAAAGGGAAGAGCCUAGUGGCAAAUGAAAGUGUUUUUGUUGCCGCGCCCUGUAUCAUAGUUUUUGUAAUUGUUUAAUUAAUGCAGUGAUAGGGGACUGAGGGGACGGAUGGUUUCUCUAAUCCGUCAGAAAAAGGUUAAAAAAUAGAGUAAUUUAAGUAGGGAAGGAGCGUUUGUAACAUUUUCAGGCCAACCCUUUUGUAUUUGUUGUAUUUGAUGAAGAAUACAGAAAAUAAUGUGCCCAAAAAAAG